AUGGGCCCGGACGCGGACGCGACAGAGGCCGUGACGCCGCCAUCGACGGCCGCGGGAUCCGCAUCGGUUCAGAAGCGUCCUGCCCCUGCGUCUGCAUCUGCCGAAGUGCAACGGUCCAAGAGAGCCAAGUACACCCCCGUCGCCUGCAACGAGUGUAAGAAGCGGAAGCUCAAGUGUAUUAAGGAUGACCAUCAGGCCGUGUGUCGGCGUUGUCUCUCCAAUGGUGCUGAGUGUAUCUUCAUUCCCGGCCCGCAGCAGACGCCGCUGAGAGAUCGCGAGGCCACCAACGAGAGAGAUGAAUCCAUCAAUCCCUCACAAUACAAGAACCUAAGCGACGAAGUGGCAACUCUGCGAGAGCAGGUUGCCAGCCUAACCUCGUCCCUUCGAGAGCUCACCGGAAAGAUCACACAGAUCAACACCCGGUCGCCCGCAGCCCUCGGCGGUCCGCAACAUCCGAGUCCUCUGUACACGAGCGAAUCCAACAGGCGGCCUAGCGAGCCGAGGGAGCCACAGUUCGUCGGCCCUACCAGGUCGGCCUUUAGCCUCCGCAUCGCGGAGUCCUCGCUCUCCCGCGUCCACAUCCAAACGCGCGAUGCGUCGCCGACGAGCAGAUCCGCAUCGCCGGCUGCCUCUGCGAGGGCGGUAUCCGAAACCUCAGACGGCCCUGCCUCGCGUUCGGCAUCGCAAAAGGAUCUGGAUUGUCUCCUGACGUUCGAGGCUGAUGAGGUUUUUCGGCUCCUUGAUGUUUAUCAGGAUGACGUUGAGUCAGUGUACCCAUUUACCAAUAUGAACGAUGUCUCUGCGAACUUGCCGCAUAUCCUCGAUUUCGUUAGAGCCCAGCAGAAUCCAACGGGAGCGGCAGAUUCGGCCGCUGCAGGGGACCGACCAAAGAUUGAGCUCAAGGAUGUACAGAUUGUCAAGGUAGCGAUUGCUACCUCUAUAGUGAUGGAAGCUCAAGGGCAGAAUGCCAUCAGUACGAAGCUGGUAGAUGCGGUGGAGCCCAUCGUGUGCCGUGUGUCUGGCGAAGCCUUCAUCGAUCUGAAAGAGCUCCAGAUCAUGACUAUGCUGAGUAUCUACUGGUUCCACUGCGGCGAGGAGUUGCUGGCAUGGAGAUCGAUUGGCAUCUCUGGACGGGAAGUAUUGGAAAUCGGUCUUCAUCGUCGCGCGAUCCUCCUCGAGAACUUCAAGGACCCCAAAGAGAGGGACCUAGCUCUGCGGUGCUUCUGGUGUGUGUACGUACUAGACCGCCGUUGGAGCUUCGGCACGAGUCUGUCUUUCGGGCUCAUUGAUCGUGACAUCGAUCCCGAGUUGCCGGAGCCGUUGAUAAAGGGAGACGAGUAUCCUUAUCUGAGAUGUAUGGUUGCCUAUGGCAGGCUUUGUUCGAAAGUCUGGGAGGCACUGCCGCCCUUCGAGUCACCAUCGCAGUUCAUCCCCAAGGAUACAGUAGCGUUCCUCGACUUCAUGACACUGAACUGGCUCAACUCGAUACCGGAAGAUUUACAGCUUCGGCAUCCCAGGCUAGGACUUGCUCCCAGGGUCCAGCCCCGCAGCGUGCAUCGCCUCCGUACUCUACUCUACCUGCGAGGGAACCACAUGCGUACGCUCAUCCACCGCCACCACGUGCUGAGCACAGCUAGUAUCAAAGCAGACAUGCAGAGCGCGAAGCUCGUCACCGAGAUUGCUCUCGACACGAUACAAGUACUUGUCCACUUGAACGAGACAAGCGACAUCUAUGCGCGGCAGCAGCACGCUUUCAACUACUUCUUGAUGAGCGCCUUAGCGGUGAUCCUCUUGGCUGUGUGUCACGCACCGGGUGUCUUUACAGAACCUUGCAAGGAGAAGUUUUUGAAAGCUGUACACCUGGUGAAGGGGUUCUCCCGCCACGGGCAUGCCAGUCGGAGGCUGUGGAAGACGAUUCGAGGUCUCAUGCCUAGCAUCAAGUCGUUGGGCCUGCGCAAUGACCCUGAGAAGGGCGAUAUACCCCAGCCAAUCGAUAACGGGGAGGCAGAUCCGAAUGAAAGCCAAGUCAACGGAUCGGAGCAGCCCAGUGGUCAAAGCGAGCGCGAUGGGAGGCGGACAGAAGCCACGUGGGAUGCGUAUGAGGCUGGACCGCCGACAGCAAGCUCUAUGCCGGACAUGUUCAACAUGGGCAAUGAUCUCAUGAACCUCUUCGAUGCGUUCGGGCAUGCGAAUUCUGGGCACCCGGCGCCUUCGGACUUCCCUGUCGGCUUCUUUGGAGGGAAUGAUCAGGGGAUGUCACUCGGGGAUCCGGAAGAGAUUUCACGGCGGUUUCAGGGACUAAUUUGA